AUGGAUUGCACGAUGACCAGCAGCAUCCUGUCGGCCAACUACAACACCAUCCUGUUCGAGUUCGGCGUCAUCCUCGUCACCAGCAAGAUCCUCCACGCGCUGCUCCGCAACGUCUACCAGCCGCGCGUCUUCUCCGAUCUCCUACUGGGCAUCGUUCUCGCCCAGUUCCGGGUGCUCUCCCUCACCAACGCCAUCAACCUGGUCUUCGGCAAGAUCGGUGGCUUCGUGUUCGCGCCCUACCUCUUCGCGCUGGGCGUGGAGAUGGACCCCGGCACGCUCCUCGACGCCCCCACCGCCGACGCCGUCGUCGCCUACGCCGGCAUCCUCUCCAGCUCCGUCCUCGUCACGCUCUUCCACAUGCCGCUCAUGAAGGCCACCUCCGGCGUCGUCCACGAGCACUCCCUGCGCUCCUUCCUCGGCCUCGCCGCCGUGCUCGCCAACACCGCCUCGCCCGUCCUCACCCGCCUCACCACCGACCUCAAGAUCGCCAAAACCGCCGUAGGCCGCCUCGCCGUCGGCGCCGGCCUCGCCUCCGACAUGGUCACCACCAUGCUCAUCGCCGUCGGCAGCAUGAUCUGGCGCGACGCCGGGGGCGACGGCCGCGACUCCCCCAUUGUGCAGCCGGUGCUCACGGCCGCCGUCCUGGUCGUGGUCAUCGUGUCGGCGUUCGUGUCCAGGGCCAUGGCCGAGUGGGUGGGCGGGCGCAACCCGGAGGGCCGGCGCAUGCGCGGCUUCGACCUCUCGCUCGUGGCGCUGGCGGCGGCGGCGCUCUGCUGGCUCAGCUCGGCGCUGCGGCUGGACGUGAACAUGGCGGCGUUCCUGGUGGGGCUGGCGUUCCCGAGCGAGGGCAGGGUGUCGCGGCUGCUGGUGAGCAAGAUCAACUUUGUGCUCAGCUCCUUCGUGCUGCCGCUCUACGUCAGCCACGUCUGCCUCUCGCUCCGGCAGACGACGGACGACAUCGAGGUCACCGGGCUGGGCCGCACCGAGGGCUUCCGGGCCUUCGUCAUGGAGCUGCCCUUCCCCUGGUGGAAGGUCUUCUUCGUCACCGUGAUGGGCACGCUGGGGAAGCUGACGGGGUGCGCGGCGGCGGGGCUGCUCCGGGGUCUGGGGUGGCUGGAGGCGCUGGCGCUGGGCAUGCUGCUCAACGUCAAGGGCUACUUCCACAUCUACUGCGCGCAGGCGGCGUUCGACGCCGGCAUCAUCACGGACAAGUCGUUCAUGGCCAUCAUCUUCAUGGUGGCGCUCAACGUGGCGGUGACGCCCAUGGUCGGCAUGGGCAUCGCGUCCUGGGCCCGCCGGAGCGUGCAGUGGCGGCUCAUGGGUCUGCAGCACCACGAUCCCUCCACGGAGCUCCGCCUCGUCGUCGGGCUGCACGGCCCGCAGGACGUGCCGACGCUGUCCUACCUGAUGGAGGCGCUGCGGUGGGGCGGCGGCGGCGGCGAGCUCGCCGCCUACGCCGUGGACAUGGUGCAGCUGACGGACCAGACGGCGGCGGCCAUCGUCAAGGGCGGGGGCUUCGACGGCGUGACGGUGGUGGACGAGGAGGUGUCGGAGAUGCGCAAGCUCAUCGGCGAGGCGCUGGACGCGUACCAGGCGGAGUGCGGCGAGGGCGUGAAGGUGCGUCGUCUGCUGGCGCUGUCGUCGUUCCCGGACAUGCACAGCGACAUCUGCAUCUGCGCCGAGGACGCCAUGGCGGCGCUGGUGCUGCUCCCCUUCCACAAGGCGCAGCGGCUGGACGGGAGCAUGGACGCGGGCCACUUCGGGUUCCGGCUGGUGAACCAGAAGGUGCUCCAGCUGGCGCCGUGCUCGGUGGGCGUGGUCGUGGACCGGGGCCUCGGGAAGCACGCGACCCGGGAGGGUCAGGCGGCCAUGCGGGAGGGGCAGGGGCAGGCGGUGGUGGUGGUGUUCAUCGGCGGCGCGGACGACCGCGAAGCCCUGACGCUGGCGGCGCUCAUGUCGAAGCACCCGGGGGUGCGGCUGACGGCGCUGCGCGUGGUGCAGAACGCGACGGCGCAGGCGCGCGCCAAGGCGCGGACGAGCCUGUUCGAGACGAAGGCGAGCCGGCGCGGCGGCGUGGGUGCGGCGGCGGCGGCGUCGUCGUCUGCGCUGGGGCAGGAGGAGGCGCAGAUGCAGGUGGACGACAAGUUCUUCGCGGAGUUCUACCGGAAGCACGUGGCGGGGGCCAUCGGCAAGCAGGGCGGCGGCGGCGGGAUGGGGUACCUGGAGAAGCACGUGGCGGACGGGGCGGAGCUGGUGGCGGUGCUGCGCGGCCUGCAGUCGGAGUACCGGCUGUUCGUGGUGGGGCGCGGGCGCGACCGGAGCUCGGUGCUGACGGAGGGGCUGGACGAGUGGGCGGAGUGCCUGGAGCUGGGCCCCGUCGGCGACAUCCUGGCGUCGUCGGACUUCUCGGCCACCGCCUCCGUACUCAUCGUGCAGCAGUACGACGCCAAGAAGCACUACAAGGUCAUCGACGAGGAAUUCAUGCCAUUGUAG